AUGGCAGACAACAAGGACGAAGUCUCUGAGAUUGUGUCUGGAGAUCCCACUCAAAAGCAACAGGAGCAGGAACAGGAAGUCGAGAAAUUAGCCGAAAGAAUCAAAAACCCCCUUGCGGAUAUCCCAAAUGCUACCCUAUUACGAGAUGUCAAGGAUUUCGCGCAGAGGUUCGGCUUGGAUCACGAUUUGCCUACUCUGCAGAGGGGCGCCCUGGUAGCGAAAGAUCCAGCCAAUUUCGAGAAUGUUGAGGGCAUCACUCCGGAUGAAGUUGAAGUUCUCCGCAACGAGGUUCUUCACAAGUGGCGCCAACCAAAGCCCCUCUUCUUCACCAUCAUCCUGUGUUCGAUUGGUGCAGCCGUCCAGGGAUGGGAUCAGACUGGUUCCAACGGUGCCAACCUGUCAUUCCCCGGAAGCCGUUCAAUCUCCCUGAGAAAGAUCACCCGGAUGCGGAGAGGAAACCAGUGGAUUGUUGGUUUAGUCAAUGCGGGACCGUACAUCGGAUCGGCUUUCCUUGGUUGCUGGUGCUCUGAUCCUCUUAACUAUUACUUGGGUCGUCGAGGGGCUAUCUUUGUCUCUGCUGUCUUCUGUGUACUCACCCCUAUCGGCUCUGCUGUUUCACAGAGCUGGCCCCAAUUACUGGUCACGCGCCUGCUCAUGGGAAUUGGAAUGGGUGCUAAAGCUUCCACGGUGCCAAUUUUCUGUGCCGAGAACACUCCUGCCUCUAUCCGUGGUGGUCUUGUUAUGUGCUGGCAACUUUGGACUGCUUUUGGUAUCUUUCUAGGAUUCUGCGCAAACCUUGCCGUAAAAGACACCGGCGAUGUCUCCUGGAGACUUCAAUUGGGUUCUGCAUUCUUGCCAGCUGUCCCUCUUCUUCUUGGCGUUUUUUGGUGCCCAGAGUCCCCGCGUUGGUUUAUCAAAAAAGGGAAAGUCGAUAGGGCUUACCAAUCCCUUCUUUCCCUACGGAAUCAUCCAAUCCAGGCAGCUCGGGAUCUGUACUACAUGUACUCACAAAUCCAAAUUGAGGAGCAGAUCGCUGGAAAGAGCAAUUACAUCACUCGGUUCUUCCAAUUAUUCACCAUCCCCCGUGUCCGUCGGGCAACCCUCGCAUCGUUUGUAGUCAUGAUUGCGCAGCAAAUGUGCGGUAUCAAUACCAUGGCGUUCUAUUCGUCGACCAUUUUCGCGGAAGCAAACGCCACUGUUACUGAGUCAUUGUUUGCGUCAUGGGGUUUCGGUUUGAUUAACUUCGUGUUCGCGUUCCCUGCCGUCUGGACUAUUGACACAUAUGGACGACGUGCCCUCUUGCUCUUCACCUUCCCGCAGAUGGCUUGGACUCUGCUUGCUGGCGGCUUUGCAUUCUAUAUUCCGCAAGACAGCAGGGCUCAUCUUGGUGUCAUCGCCUUCUUCAUCUACUUGUUCGCCGCGUUUUACUCUCCAGGAGAAGGUCCUGUACCCUUAACCUAUUCUGCUGAGGUCUUCCCUCUUUCGCACCGAGGUCCAUACGAUCCUUUAUCCACCUCCAAAUAG